AUGUAAAUCGUUAUAAACAAACACAGACACCAUUGCACACUCCAACAAUGCUCGUCCUCAACAAGUGGCUCCCAUUCUACAACUCCAUUGUUUCUUUACCAUCUCCGCAGAACAGCCCCAUAACGGCCCUCGGUAACUCGCAUUAUCCUCAGCUCCUCGGUAGCUCCUUUAACACCAUCAACGCAACGACCUCUAGCGGUACCGGUACGAGCAGAUCGUUGAUCGUUGUGCGAAGCCAACCCGGGCCAGCCUCAAGUUGUAAAUAAUUGUGUUCUUCGCCGUUGCGGACGGUUGCAACCAUCACAAAACAUACGAUUUUCGCAACUGCUGGCUUUGGAUGCACUCGAGUGAAAAUGCACCGCCAAACGCGGUCUCGCCACACUCGAGCCAUCGUGGCUUCGGAAAACAGAUGAUGCUAUAAUAAGGCAGACUGCGCGGCGGCCAUAUGUGUGUUUUGGGGUGCCCGAACACACCGGCAUGAUUGUGACAGCGUGAUAUUGCAUCAGACUGUGACACAUUGCUGGGGAAGGAGGAGCUUUGGCCCGGCGAAGGUCUUUUUUAAAAGGGCCCGAGAGUUGCUUGGGAUGCACUCGGAAUUAGACCACACAAAAGUGUGUCAGAGUUUUGGAGGUUAACUACGAGCUUUCGUUUGACCUAAACGCUGUGAACGUUUAUUCAUGUCGGUAAUGGAAUUAGAUCAGGAAAAAUGUCUGAGCUCUAAUUACAAGAAAACUCCAACAAAUUGCAUAACUUAGUACCGGAACGAGGAGGCGCUGUUGGAAUGAACAGCAAAAAAAAAAGGUCACUUCAGCUCGACUUCCCAAAGGGUGUCCCCCUUGCCCUAGCCGGAAGUGAAUGCAUCGGGGCACUCAGGAAUGAUCCACAUUAUUAACCCCAUCCGAUUGUGGAGUUGGCUUUGUUUUGAAGAAACCCAAAAGAAAAACUGGACCUCCUGCGUCCGGAAAUAUUCCGGAGGAAGCGAUUAAACCCUGGUCCGCCGCCCUUAAAACCACGGCCCUAUUGAUCCACUCUCUUCCAAUUCAUUAAGGUUACCUCAAUGGAUAGAGUAGCUGGAUCAUUUCACAAUUAAUAUGGCAUGAACGGGUCUGAAAACUUCAUUCAGCUUACAGCAACAAAAAACCCAAACCUUCGCAAUCGAACGCCGUUCCGUAUCGGAUUCCGCACAUCGUUCGUCUCCAUGGUAACGGCUGGCACGCUCGGUAUCGAUCAAACGAGGCAUCGCUUCUAAUUCCGGCAGAGAAACAAUCCACCAGUGUCAGUUGCACUCUCCAACGUUCGACAUUCUUUGGUCGGGACGAGAAAAAAGUGUCCCAUCGUGGUUCCGUUCCGAAAGUGAAUUUAUAGUUUUUGCACGCAUUUUCCCAGUGCCGGGAACCAUUUCCCGAUGAAAGUGAAACAAUUCUGAAACAAAAGAGGUUGCAUCUUGCGCUUCUACUUACAGGGGAGAGGGAAGUUACAGUGAGCAGAGGAAGAGAGACAGAGAGGUGCGGGGUAGAGUGUGCGACCACCGGACACAGUUGCUGACGCAAAUUCACCAUGUCCAGCCAACCGAAGAUGGCGUCCGAGAUCGGUGCCGCCGAGCAGUACGAGAUGGAUCAGCUGGCCGAGGCGGAGAUAUCGCGCCUGCAGAAGCUUCUCCGGACGCUGCAAAACGAGCGUGCCUCGUUUCUGGACACGAAAUCGAAAGCGUUGCGCAAGUUCGACGCCAACAUACGUGUGCUCGAGAAGGAGAAGCAACAGCUCCAGCUGCAGCUCAACUGCGAGGAGAACGGAACCCACUCCAAGCGCGAACAGGAGCUAGAGGCGGUGCUGGAGCUCGCCUACGAUCGGCAGGAAAAAGCCCAACAAGCACUGAAAGCGAAAAAGGAUAGUCUGUGGGAGCUGGAGGGACACAUCAAGAAAAUCCACCGGGAGAUUGCCGAGAUACGCAACAACGAGGUGACGGACAAUCUGUACAACGAAACCAUUGCCAAGGCGCAGCAGUCCGUCAAGAAGCUCGAGAACCGGCUGGACGUGGUCAACAAGCGUGCCGGUGCGGUGAUGGCGGAGAAUGCGCAACUUCGCCAAACCAUCGAUCACAUGCUCACGGAACGGGCCACCUUCAACAUUAUGUGGGAAAAGUUGGUCAACAAGCUGAACGAAGGCAAACGCUACAUGAUCGAUCUGAUCGAGCAGGCGACAUCCGCGUACGAUACGCGCGAGGAACUCUGUACGAAGUUGCAGAUCCUGAAGGAUAAAGGGCAAAGCGACAAGUUGGCCCACAUCCAGGAGAUGCGUGAGCUGCAGCGUAAACUCGAUCAUGACGCGAAGCUACAGGAGUUCCUCGGAAUAAAGGGACAACGGCGGGCCAAUGCAGAGCUUGAAGAGCGGGAAGCGCAGAAGCGCAAGAAGAUGUUGGAAAAUCUGGAAAAGCAGUACCAAGAGUACGAACAGAUCAUGACGCGCAUCAUGAACUUCUCGGGCGAGGACGACAUCGACCGGCUGGUGGCCAAGUUCAUCAAGAAGGAGGAGGAAAACUUUGCGCUCUUCAACUACGUCAACGAGCUGAGCCACGAGGUGGAAACGCUUACCGAAAGUGUUCAACUGUUGCAGGACAACAUUGCGGAACAGAUAGCAAUCAACGAGUCGAAGGAACAUUCGCAGGAUGACAACAUCGACGCACUGCGCUUGGCCGAACAGGAGUGCCGUGAGGCGGCUGAAUCGGCGGCAGAAAUCAAGAUCAAGCUGGACGUCAAGCUAGACGAGCUGCUGCGAAUGGCCGAACGGAUCUAUAAACUACUCAUGUGCGACGAAGCACCCAUUUUGAAUCUGCUCAACAACGAACGCCGGGUAACGCUGAACAACGCCAAACUGUUCCUGGGCAUUAUCGAGCGUCGUGUGCUGAGCAUCAUUAGCAACGUGACGUACAUCGAACCGACGACCAAAAUCCUGGGCAAGAAGGAUCGCGUGCCGAACUUUAACGUUAAAGAGUCGGCCAAGGUGCGCAUCGAAAGGAACUAGGAGUGAGAAGCCGGUUUGGUUUUUCCUUUUCUUACGAACAGUUUUUGUAUUUUUGCUCCAAACCAUUUUUGUGGCACUAAGGUUUUUGUGUGAAUGGUUUGUAAGAUAACGGAAAGCACAUGCAUUUGUAUAAGGACAUAAAUUAGUACAACCACACUUAAGCUACGGUUUUGUUAUAGAAAAAAUAUAAAUAUACACACCGUUUCGGUAGGGCUACUA